AUGCUUCCAUACAUGGUCAAGAUCGGGACACAAGUGGAGUACACGGGCAAGAAGGGCAGGUCGGCGGGGAAGAAGGCGACGGUGGUGACGGACGCGGAGGCCCUGUGGGCCAUGCUCUACGCUGACGACGCGGCCAUCGUCUCGCGCUCGCCGGAGAGUCUCGAGAAGAUGAUUUCGGUCAUGGUCGCCGGCCAGACGUACAAGCAGACAGAUCGGUUUGUGUGCCUCGGACGUACAAUCUCCGCGGACGGGAAAGCCGACCAGGAUUUCACGAGUCGCAGCCGCCGAGCGUGGAAGUGCGACCGCCGGAACAGUGCUUCGAUGUACGACAGGCGACGGGCCGACCGCCAGCUCAAGAUCCGGCUACUCCAGGCUGAGUGGUGGAGACUCUCCUGUAUGGGUGCGCCUCGUGGAGCCUAACAGCGGAGCACUACACGAAGCUCAAUGGGACCCACCGCCAGUUCCUUACACGGUGCAUCGGCUGGAGCAAGCGGAAACGCUCAGACCGCCCCCUGUCCUAUGCCCAGGCCCUUAUCCAGGCAGGCUGCGAGGAAACCAUCGAGGCCACCAUGCGCAAACGGAGACUGUAUUUCGCGGCCUUUGUUAUGCGCAUGGAGGAUAACCGCCUCCCCAAGCGCAUGCUGUUAGGAGCGAUGGCGGGGGGCGUGGGAUACCGGGGCGGGCAGGAGAGCGACUGGGUGUCUCGUCUAGGAGAGGAUCUCGUGGCCUUCAACAUGAGAGACGAAACGUAAGGGGGUGAAUGGAAAGAGAGCACCAAGAACCCGGAGGUGUGGUACAACCAGGUCGAGGACGGGGCGGCAUGGUUCAUGAGGAAAUUGCACAGGCAG